AUGAGACAAGGGUUUGCACAGCUGGUGACAAGCACUCCUGCCCUUGCUGCAGGACUUGGGCCUGGUUUGGCAGAGACCUCUGAGCCAGGCCUAAUCCAGGAGCUCUUUGCUGUUGUGACAGUCUCCAUGUACUUGAGGAGAAGCACCUAUGAUAAUUGUGAUGAUGCCUUGGUAUCUACCUUACCUUCAUCAGCCUUUACCAGUUCCUCUGAGUUCUUCAGUACUCACAGUCCCAGCUUUGCAAAGCUCAACAGGCGAGAUGGAGCUGGUGGCUGGUCCCCGCUGUACUCCAAUGAGCAGCAGUGGCUCCAGGUUGAUUUAGGAGACAGAGUGGAGAUUGUUGCAGUGGCUACCCAGGGCAGGUAUGGGAGCUCCGACUGGGUAACCAGCUAUACGCUGAUGUUCAGCGACACUGGCCGCAACUGGAAACAGUACCGACAAGAUGACACUGUCUGGGUUUUCACAGGGAACAGCAAUGCUGACAGUGUGGUUCACCACAAGCUCCUGCACUCCAUGAAAGCCCGAUUCUUGCGCUUCAUCCCUCUGAAGUGGAAUGUCGGUGGGCAGAUAGGACUGAGAGUGGAGGUCUUCGGCUGCUCCUAUAAGUCAGAUAUUGCAGACUUCGAUGGCAGAAGUUCCCUCCUCUACAGGUUCAAUCAGAAGCUUAUGAGCACAUUCAAAGAUGUGGUUUCCUUGAAGUUCAAGAGCAUGCAGGGGGAUGGAGUCUUAUUCCAUGGAGAAGGACAGCGUGGAGACUACAUUACCUUAGAAAUGCAGAAAGGAAAGCUCUCAUUGCACAUCAACCUGGGGGACUCCAACCUGCACUCCACUAACAGCCACACGUCUGUCACCCUGGGCAGCCUCCUGGAUGACCAGCAUUGGCACUCGGUUCUCAUAGAGCGCUUCAACAAGCAAGUGAACUUCACAGUGGACAAGCACACUCAGCAUUUCCGAACGAAGGGGGAUUCAGAUCACUUGGAUAUCGAUUAUGAGCUCAGCUUCGGAGGCAUUCCUGUCCCAGGGAAACCAGGAACCUUUCAGAGGAAAAAUUUCCAUGGGUGCAUUGAGAACCUUUAUUACAAUGGAGUCAAUAUAAUUGACCUGGCAAAAAGGCGCAAACCUCAGAUCUAUACUGUGGGGAAUGUGACCUUUUCCUGCUCAGAACCACAAAUUGCUCCCAUCACCUUUGUCAGCUCCAGUAGAAGCUACUUGCUACUACCUGGCACUCCUCAAAUUGAUGGCUUGUCAGUCAGUUUCCAGUUUCGAACAUGGAAUAAAGAUGGCUUACUCCUGUCCACUGAAUUGUCUGAAAACUCAGGAUCUCUCUUGGUUUACCUCCACGGUGGGAGAUUGACACUACUUAUUCAGAAAGUGACAGAAAAACCCGUGGAAAUUAGUGAAGACACCAAUCUCCAUGACGGUCUUUGGCAUUCAGUUAACAUCAAUGCCAGAAGGCAUCGCAUUACCCUGACGCUGGAUAACAAUGCUGCCACUGCCAGCCAUGCAACCACUGUCUCAAGGAUCUACUCGGGGAACAGCUACUAUUUUGGAGGGUGCCCUGACAAUUUCACUGAUUCCCAAUGUUUAAAUCCCAUUACUGCUUUUCAAGGCUGUAUGAGGCUCAUCUUUAUUGAUAACCAGCCCAAGGACCUCAUUUUAGUUCAGCAAGGCUCCCUGGGGAAUUUCAGUGAUUUACACAUUGAUCUGUGUGGCAUCAAAGACAGAUGUUUGCCUAACUACUGUGAACAUGGAGGAAAAUGUUCUCAGUCCUGGACCACAUUUUACUGCGACUGUAAUGAUACAGGUUACAUGGGAGCUACCUGUCAUAACUCUAUCUACGAACAAUCAUGUGAGGCUUACCGACAUCAAGGGAGGACGUCAGGUUUCUUCUACAUCGAUUCUGAUGGAAGUGGACCACUUGGACCACUUCAGGUUUUUUGCAAUAUAACAGAAGAUAAGAUCUGGACUGCAGUGCAGCACAACAACACAGAGCUAACUAGAGUCCAAGGAGCUGGUCCGGAGAAGCCGUACACCAUGUCCUUUAACUAUAACAGUAGCAUGGAGCAGCUUGAAGCUGUGAUAAACAGUGCGGAGUACUGCGAACAGGAGGCAGCCUACCACUGCAAAAAGUCACGUCUCCUGAACACCCCAAAUGGAAUGCCAUUUGCUUGGUGGGUUGGCCGUGCCAAUGAAAAGCAUCUUUACUGGGGAGGAUCUCUUCCGGGCAUUCAACAGUGUGCAUGUGGACUGGAAGAAAGUUGUCUGGAUAUGAGAUAUUUUUGCAACUGUGACGCAGAUAGAGAAGAAUGGACAAAUGAUACCGGCCUCCUUGCUUUCAAAGACCAUUUGCCUGUAACUCAGAUAGUGAUCACUGACACAAACAGAUCAAAUUCUGAGGCUGCCUGGAAAAUUGGCCCUUUGCGUUGCUAUGGAGACAGGCAGUUCUGGAACGCAGCUUCCUUCAACACAGAGGUCUCCUACCUGCACUUCCCCACCUUCCAUGCCGAGGUCAGCGCGGACAUCUCCUUCUUCUUCAAAACCACAGCUCCCUCUGGGGUAUUCUUGGAAAACCUGGGGAUUAAGGACUUCAUACGAGUUGAAAUAAGCUCCCCCAAAGAGAUAAUCUUCUCUGUAGAUGUUGGGAAUGGCCCCACAGAAGCAAUCGUGCAGUCUUCCACACCCCUGAAUGACAACCAGUGGCACUAUGUCCGAGCAGAGCGGAACCUUAAGCAAACAUCUCUGCAAGUGGAUAACCUCCCCAAGAAGGUCCUGGAGGCACCUGCAGAGGGGCACUUCCGCUUGCAGCUCAACAGCCAAUUAUUUGUAGGGGGAACAGCUUCCAGACAAAAGGGCUUUAUGGGAUGUAUUCGAUCUCUGCAUUUAAAUGGACAGAAACUUGACCUUGAAGAAAGAGCUAAAAUGACUUCUGGUGUUAAACCUGGAUGUCCAGGACAUUGCAGUAGUUAUGGUAACCUGUGCCAUAAUGGAGGGAAAUGUGUGGAGAAGUAUAAUGGGUAUUACUGUGAUUGUACCAACUCGGCCUAUGAAGGACCGUUCUGCAAGAAAGAGGUUUCUGCGUUAUUUGAAGCCAGCACUUCCGUUACCUAUAUUUUCCAAGAACCUUAUCCUGUCACAAAAAAUGCAAGCAGUUCAAGCUCUGCCAUUUAUGCGGAUGCUGUCAUGCCCAAGGAAAAUAUUGCAUUUAGCUUUCUCACUGCACAUACUCCAAGCCUUCUGCUGUACAUCAACACCUACUUUCAUGAAUAUUUGGCUGUGAUUCUCUCCAAAAAUGGAAGUUUACAGGUCCGAUAUAAGCUGAGUAAGGAUGGGCUCCUUAUUUUCACAAUUGACUCUGGAAAUUUUGCCAACCGAGAGCUGCACCAUGUGAAGAUCAACAGAGAAGGCAGAGAGCUCAUCAUUCAGGUUGAUCAAGUUCUCAAACUCAAACACAACUUUUCUGAGAUUGAUUUUAAGGCCACCAAAUCACUUACCUUGGGCAAGGUCACAGAUAGUUUGUCACUGGACCCUGAAGUCUCAAAGGCAAAUGCCUAUGGAUUCACUGGCUGCCUGUCCUCUGUUCGGUAUAACCACAUUGCUCCCCUGAAAGCUGCCUUACGUCAUCCCAGCGUUGCUCCUGUGACUGUCAAGGGCUCCUUGACUGAAUCCAGCUGUGCAUCCCUGAUGGAAGCUGAUGUGAACACAGCAACCACGAUAUAUUCCUCAUCAGAUCCUUUUGGGAAGACAGAUGAAAGGGAGCCUCUCACCAAUGCGGUCAGAAGUGAUUCUGCUGUGAUUGGAGGUGUAAUAGCGGUUGUGAUAUUCAUCAUCUUUUGCAUCAUCGCCAUCAUGAGCAGAUUCCUCUAUCAGCACAAACAGGCACAUCGAAGUAGCCAGACAAAGGAGAAGGAACACCCAGAAAAUCUUGAGAGCUCUUUUAAAGCUGACAUUGACUUGCAGAAUACAGUGAGCGAGUGCAAACGGGAAUAUUUCAUUUGA